AUGGCAUCUGCUGACCUGACAAAUGAUCUGAAGUGCUCCACUUGCCUGGACCUCUAUACGGAGCCCAUAUCGCUGAAAUGUGGCCACAACUUCUGCCAGGAUUGUUUAGUGACGUUGCUGGAUACCCAAGGAGAGUAUUCCUGUCCCGAGUGCAAGGAGCAGUAUACAGAGCGCCCUCUGCUGGAGAUCAACGGAAAGCUUUGUGACACCAUGGACGAUUCCAGACCUGCUCACGUGGACGUGGUCUUUUGCACGUACUGUUCUCCUCCUGUUCCAGCUUCUAAGUCAUGUCUACACUGUGAGGCUUCGUAUUGCGAAAAGCACUUGAGCAACCACAGCAAGGCAACGCAUCACCUUUUGAUUGAACCCACCGCUUCAUUUGAGGACAGAAAAUGCCCCACGCAUCAAGAAAUCCUAAAAUAUUACUGCAGCGAGGACAACGCCUGUAUCUGUAUGUCCUGCUGGGUGGCCGGAGACCACAGAGGACACCGGGUGGAAAUACUGGGUGAGGCCUCUGAGAAGAAAUUUAACGAUGUUAUGGAGAAACUGAAUUCAGAGACAAAGGGGACUGAUGUUAAAAUCCAAAAACUGGAAAACUACAGGACAGCGGUGAAAGAAAAAGCAGCCGAUUUUACGAAGAGCAUCGGAGAACUGUUUAUAGACAUCAGGAGACAGUUGGAUGACGUAGAGAAGAAGGUCCUGACCGAGAUGUCCAGACAGGAGGACCAGAUGUCCAAGUCGGCCUCUGAUCUGAUCCGUCAGUUGGAGAUACAAAAGGAUAAUCUGGCCAAGAAGAUAAACGAAAAUUCCGACUUACAUAAAAGCAAAGAUCCAUUAACUCUUCUAAAGAAAGAACUUCUCAGCGAUAAGGUCCUUCAUGAUGACUUAGUCACUGAUCUACACAUUAAUGGAUACUUCGAUGAUGUUUUGAUCUUACAGACACUACAUAGAGGACUCCUCGACUUUGCUGGCAGCAUGAUGGAAUUGAAGAAAAAAAGACACUGCUUGGAGAUGAAGAAAUCAGAUGUCUUACUGGAUGAAAAAACAGCCAGUAAUGAUAUUUGUAUAUCAAAAGAUCUUCACUCGGCUUCCUACAGCGAUGAACCAGAGAGCAGACCGGAUUCCGAGGAGAGGUUUAUAUCCCAACAGGUAUUGAGCACACGGAGCUUCUCAUCUGGGACACAUUACUGGGAGGUGGAUGUGAGUGCAGCGAAAGAAUGGCUCAUUGGGGUGGCCAAUCAGAGCAUCGAGAGGAAGGCCGAGGGAGUUGAGUCUUACAUCGGUUAUAAUGCCAAAUCUUGGGGUCUGACUCAAAGGACCAGUCUUCAGGCCAGGCACAAGAACGCCCUCAUAAAACUAGACUCCGACUCUCCGAUAAAGACAGUUGGGAUCCACCUGGAUUACAGCAGAAGACGUCUGUCCUUCUACCAGCUGGAUAACCCCAUAAGACACCUCCACACCUUCGCCACCACCUUCAAGGAGCCCCUCCAUGCUGCUUUCUAUGUGUUUGCAGACACCUCCAUCAGAAUUAUAAAUUAA